AGGCAGUAGGGCGCACAUGCACCCAAGGAAAUAUGGGGUCAAACUGAUCGCUUGCCAACAGCAAGUUGAGAUUCUGCGCGAGAACGUAACUCUUCACAUGAAGGUUAGUGUACCCUAGCUACAGAUCUCCGAGCAGAGCAUAGAAUGGGAUGGAGUUUGAACAGUCAUAUGUACCAACUUAUGUUGUAUGGUGUUUAUAACAAGGGACAGAUUCACAUCAAUGUGCAUAUGAUAUUAUUGUUUAGAAUGUGGAGAUCAAGAGGUCAUAUGAGACGAUGUAUGAAGAGUACCUCAAGACUGAGACUGAGGUGAUCCAUGAUGAACUGGAACACACUCCUGAUGUGAAUGCUGUUGUGACAGUGGAUGAAGAAACUGAGUCUGAGCCGAAGACAAGUGUUGAGGAUUGCGACACACUCUCUCUCAACAGCGACAAUCGCUCUAGCUCCUUCUCUGAGUGUGAGAAUGAGGAAGGAAGCAAUAAUGCUGAGACGAGAGAGGACGAAGAGGACAAGAUGUGUGAUGCAAACGAUCACGCAAGAAAGAGUGAGGACUGUUGCAAUGCUGAGGGUGAAGAAGUGGAUGAGAAGGGAGAUGGAGAAAAUGAUGUCGUUGGUUCAAUCUCCAAGAGUGAGAAAGAAGAAGAAACUGAGGUUGUUGAGAUGAAGAGGAAAAAAGGAACAGAGUGCGACAAAGAGGGUCAUGGUGGGGAAAGUGUUGCCUGCAAUGAGGUCGAGAGAGAAGAAACUGGUGAGGAAAGUGAGAGACCACAGAUGAAUAUGAAGGUCUUGAAAAUGAGAGGGAGGACCCUGAUGAUUACUAUGAAGAGACUGAUCUUGAAAAUGAGGAGGAGGACACUGAUUUUUUCAAGGAAGAGACUGAUUAUUACUAUGACAAGAGUGACUAUGAUGGUCUUGAUAAUGAGGGGGAGGAUCCUGAUGAUUACAGUGAAGAGACCGAUGAAGAUGUGUGCGAAGAUGGUCCUGACAAUGAUGAUGAAGAAACUGAUGAAGAGGUGACUGAUGAUGAGGGCAGUGGUGUUGAGAGUGAAGGAGGAAUGUUCCAGUCACCACGUCCUACCAGGAGUGGGUUCACCUACCUCUCCCCACAGUCUCUCACUCCUCUGACUCCUUCAUCACCACCACAGCCUGCACCUGAGGACCUGGACACUCCGUUUUACUUGCAACGACAGACACCAAGAAAGAGGCUCUCACCGUACAUCCUCAAUCUUAUCAAGCAGAUUGAAGCCUCGCUGGUAGAGCAGGACCAUGAUGAUCCAGACGAAAUUCCUGGAAAUGAAGAAGAAACUGAGGAACAGAUUGUAGCACCCAUCUUGGGUCUUGAUAUCAACUAUGACUUUGUGUUGCGUUCUUUUAUGCAGAUUUUCUAAGGAGGAAAGACGAUCACUUAAACACGAGCAAUAACUUAUUACAUCUCACAUUCACUGCACUGCUCAUCAUAUAUUCUCAAUCAUUACUCAUUAAUAUUCUAACACUAUAAAUCGCUGCUCGUCAUUUAUUUUCACACUUUAUUUAUCACUGCUCAUUUGCCCAUUAUCUAUUCUCACACCACUGCUAAUUAUUUAUUCAUGCUCACAUUAGUUUUUCAAAAAUGCAA